AUGCAGAGAUUCGGCGAGAAGCAAAGGGCGUGCGCGCGCGGGUCAACAGCGUCGUCGAGUGCGCGACACUGCGCCGGCCGCCCACGCCGACUUUUGCCAAGCCAUGUCGAAUGGCCCGUGCUCCUCGUCGAACUGCUGGUGAGCUCCCACUGCGACGUCAACGCGCACCACCACCGCCCACCCUACCGACACAAUGCGGCCCACAGCGUAAGUGCACACUGCCAAUUGCAUGGCGACUGUCCUGUACGCUCUUCCGCCCCCGUGCUGACCCGCCACACCAGUCUCAGAUUCGCGCAACGCCCCUCGAUUACCGGCUUCGACCCCAAGAAGUUCGCGGCUGCCGCUGGAAACGCAAAGGGCGACCCAUGGGCCCGAUAUGAGCAAUGGCGGUACACUGGCCCCUUCACGCGGUGGAACCGCUUCAAGGGCGCCUUCCCUGGCCUCGGCAUUGCGACCGUCGCCUUCGCCGGGUACUGCGUAGUCGAGGCCCUCUUCUUCAAGGACGAGCACCACGGACAUGACGAGGGUCACCAUUGA